AUGCCUCCUCCUUUGUUACGAGAAUUUGUUGCCGCGUCUCUCCCUGCUCACUGUGAGCCCUCGUCACCUCUUUUGACCGCUAUCUCCUCACAUCUCCACAUCUGUCUCCCCACACCUCUCGCGCUGAUCUCGACUAUCCUCGGAAACUUGAGUUUUGUCUCAUGGCUCUUCGCUCAACUACCUCAGAUAUAUAAGAAUUACCAAGUACAGUCCACAUCGGGACUGUCAAUAUUUUUCCUUGUUAUCUGGUGUGGUGGAGAUGUGAGCAACCUCGUGGGUGCUAUACUCACUCGGCAAGCGGGAUGGCAGGUGAUGGUUGCCAGCUACUACGUUCUUGUGGAUCUCACUUUGGUCGUUCAGUUCAUUUGGUACACCCAUUACAAACCUCGCCAGUACGAAAGGUACAAUGAUUUGGCCCACUCAGACUCACACCAUCACCACCAUCACGAUGAAUCCGAUGCGAGGGGCGAAUUGCAAGGCGUUCCGCUAUCGGGCAACAAUGCGACCCACCAGACUCCAGCUCCAGUCAACAUGACACAAAAGAAUGUUAAUGUCCACGACAUGGGUGUCCAGACAGGCUCGACUCUAAAUUCAACACCCGGUCGCAGCAACUCCUACACAAAUGAGAAGAAAACCGAAAAGAAAACUUCCGGUCGUCCUGUGCGUCUUGGUAGCAGCGCUACCAGCCCGCCAUUUGCACUUCCCCGCACAAUGUUAAUCGCAUCGUUGGUUUGUGCCGUUCUCGCAAACGCCACCUCAACUGAAUCCGAUCCCGCCCCUCACCCACCUAUCUACGCAGCCCCAAGCGAGACUAUCGCCGAGAUUGUGGGCCGUAUUUUCUCCUGGAUGUCUACGAUCCUUUACCUAGGCUCGCGACCACCACAGCUAUACAAGAACUACGUUCGAAAGAGCACCGAGGGCCUCUCACCUCUCCUGUUUAUGGCGGCUUUUUGCGGAAAUUUCUUCUACUCAGCCUCGUUGCUAGCGAAUCCAAAUGCUUGGUUCGAUUUCCCGCCUAAUGGUGGUGGUGGCUGGGCUGAUGGGCAUGGCAAUGAUCGCUGGGAAUGGAUCGGGCGAUCUCUCCCGUUUUUCCUGGGUGCAUUCGGUGUGCUGGGGCUCGAUGGGUACAUGGGUGUACAAUUCCUAAUGUAUGGGUCUGAGGAAGAGGAUGACGAGAGCUUCAUGGGUACAGAUGAUGACUCGAAGCGUGGUCGGAGCCGUUGGAGACGUGUGCGUGGCUGGAUGCGCGGAUGGAUUCCUUCUACUUCGCCAUACCGCGGUGAGCGUGAAUGCGGACGCGAGCAUUCCCCUAGACCACAGGAAGGGCAGGCUCUUCUUGGUGCGGAACAAGGUCGAUACGGUACCGUUUAA